UCACCCUGUCAGGGGUCCACCACAGCACCUCGGAGAAGUCGCCGAUGGGCCACUAAAGUUUAUGCUUGCUUAUGAUAAAUAGAUCUGUUCUCCGGUGGGCAGAAUGAGCAUUCACGACUCUGACGCCAUCAAUUGGUCCGAAACUGAGAUAAUCGAAAUCAACAUGGUGAAUCCCGGUAUGAAGCAUAAUCGCGCGCUCAAGAUCCUCAACGAUGCCGCGGCUGGUGGAUACGGCAUACCAUCCAUGUGUUGCUACAACGUCGAAGGAAUCAUCGCGACCAUUCGGGCCGCCGAAGCGAAACGCUCUCCGGCUAUGAUCCUAUUGUUUCCAUGGGCAGUACAAUACGCAGACUCUUUACUUGUCCAUCUCGCCGCUGAAGCAUGUUCGAAAGCCAAGGUCCCUGUUACGUUACACAUGGACCAUGCGCAAGAUCCAGAGAUGAUCAAACGAGCGGCUGAUAUGGGUGGUUUUGAUAGCAUCAUGGUCGACAUGAGCCAUUACGACAAGGAGGAGAAUCUGAGGUUGACGCAUGAAUUGACCGAGUACUGUCAUGCACGAGGGAUCGCCACGGAAGCUGAGCCAGGUCGAAUCGAAGGGGGCGAGGAUGGUGUGAGCGAUACGGCAGACCUUGAGGGAGUCUUAACGACACCAGAAGAAGCGAGAGAGUUCGUCGAUACUGGAAUCGAUUGGUUAGCCCCGGCAUUUGGCAACGUCCACGGCUCGUAUGGACCGCGUGGAAUUCAGCUCGAGUACGAAAGGCUGGACGGUAUCAACAAAGAGGUUGGCAAAGAAGUUCGAUUAGCCCUUCAUGGAGCCGAUCCCUUCACCAUGGAAAUUUUCCAAAGGUGUAUCGGUCAUGGGAUUUCGAAGAUCAACAUAAAUAAGGUAAUGAACAAUGAGGUAAUGAACGUGUGGAAGGAGAAAGCCGGCACGGCGCCACUCACGAGUGUGAUAGAAGAAGGUACUAAUAAUAUGCAAAAGGCCGUCGAGAGGUGUAUGGACAUGCUCGGAUCGACUGGAAAAGCUUGAGGGACAAAACGCAUGGUAUGGUGCGGGCCUGAGUACAAAGAAGAUUUGAUAUCAUGGCAAUUUUAGGGUCUAGAACUGGUAUUCAACUGAAAUGCAAUGUUUGUCUGAGAUCGGUUUGAAAGGGUCGACGUUCGUAGCUAAUACCCGUACGGGAGUAAGGUAAAUGACGCCACGCAAAACAACAACCUAAAAGCGCGACCAAAGCUGAUGAGUGGGACCCUAGAGAAAUA